GUCGGAGGAAUCUGGUGCGUGUGUGAGGGUUAGCUGGACUUAUUUAAACAUCUCUCCGUGGAAGGAGGUUUCAGAGCGGCAGGAGCGUGCGGCGGCGAGCGGGGCUCCGGCUGCAGCGAGUCACGAAGUCUUUACCAAAACGCGGCGGUAGGAGCAAGGAAGAGACGAGUGGACAGAUAAAUGGAUGGACGGAUGGAUGGGCAGAUAGAUAAUCUCUCAGAAGCACAAAGCCAGGCGCUCACAGGGGCAGACUUCACAGGACUGCCUUCCGCCGCCUCCAAAGACCCCCCCCCAGCCCCUCUCCUCCCCGGCUGCACAGCCCUGCUACACUGGAGCAGAUCUCGAAAGUCAGCGGGGGAAAGCAAGACACCCAAGCGGGGAGGAGAGAAGCGAAGAAAAGGCCGCGGCGGAUCUACUGGUUUGCAGCCGUCCCGGGGAGACGGGCCAUUAGGCAGAGGAGCCAUGGCUCAAAGCUCAGGGAGAGCAGUCUUGAAGUUGAGUUUUAGAGGCGACACGGCGGCUUCAGCCGAUUUCUUCCCCUUCCUUUGCCUCCCCAUGGAUAUGCACUGCAAGGCAGACCCCUUCUCAGCAAUGCACCCAGGGCACGGGGGUGUGAACCAGCUCGGGGGGGUGUUUGUGAACGGCAGGCCCCUACCUGACGUGGUGAGACAAAGGAUAGUGGAGCUGGCUCACCAGGGGGUGCGACCCUGUGACAUUUCCAGGCAGCUGCGGGUCAGCCACGGUUGUGUCAGCAAGAUCCUGGGCAGGUAUUACGAGACGGGGAGCAUCAAGCCCGGCGUGAUCGGCGGCUCCAAACCCAAAGUGGCGACCCCCAAAGUAGUGGAUAAAAUCGCCGAGUACAAGAGACAAAACCCGACAAUGUUCGCCUGGGAGAUCCGGGACAGGCUACUGGCCGAGGGCAUCUGCGACAACGACACGGUCCCCAGCGUCUCCUCCAUAAACAGGAUCAUCAGAACCAAAGUUCAGCAACCUUUUCACCCAACACCAGACGGGAGCGGGACAGGUGUGACUGCACCAGGACAUACUAUCGUGCCCAGCACAGCAUCCCCUCCCGUCUCCAGUGCCUCCAAUGAUCCAGUGGGCUCUUACUCCAUUAACGGGAUCCUGGGGAUUCCUCGGUCGAAUGGCGAGAAGAGGAAACGUGAUGAAGAUGUAUCCGAGGGCUCAGUUCCCAACGGAGAUUCCCAGAGCAGCGUGGACAGUUUGCGGAAGCACCUUCGUGGCGACACUUUCACCCAGCAGCAGCUGGAAGCUUUAGAUCGAGUUUUUGAGCGUCCUUCUUACCCUGACGUCUUUCAAACAUCAGAGCACAUCAAAUCUGAGCAGGGUAAUGAGUACUCCCUCCCAGCUCUGACCCCUGGUCUCGAUGAAGUCAAAUCAAGUCUAUCCACCUCUGCUAACCCAGACCUGGGGACAAAUGUGUCAGGACCCCAGACGUACCCUGUGGUGACCGGUGUUCAAAUACAGGACUCUAUUACUGCUGACCCAACAACAGUGGGUGUUCUGGAGUACCCAUGCUUUAGUAUAAAGCAAGAGCCUCAUGGAGCCUCUCUCACCCCUUUCACCCCCACCACGCCGGUCGGCUCUGGGCAGGCUGAUCUUCAGCCCUUCCACAUGGCCCUUUCAGACGAUGCGUCCACGCCUUGCUACAGUGCCUUCCUUCAUCAUGGUGCCCACUUUGGGCAGUCCAGCAGCCAGCCUCUGAUAGCAGGUCGUGAUAUGGCAAGCACCACCUUGCCCGGCUACCCACCCCAUGUUCCCCCAACUGGACAAGGCAGCUACCCAACCUCAACUCUUGCAGGAAUGGUUCCUGGGAGCGAGUUCUCAGGGAACCCCUACAGCCACCCUCAGUACACGACCUACAACGAGGCCUGGCGGUUCAGCAACCCUGCAUUACUAAGUUCCCCUUAUUAUUAUAGUGCCACAUCCCGGGGCUCCGCACCUCCCACUGCUGCCGCUGCCUAUGACCGCCACUAGUUACCAUGGAAACCACAUGAAACUGCAGGGCGACAGCUUAGGCCUCCACAUUGUACCUGUCUGAUCACCUCCCUCCAUCCCUGGGAAGGGUGAAGAGACCUUCUCCGUUCUUCCCCACAGUCCAGUUCCUUCCUCUUCGCCACGAAGGCGCCGGACCAAGCGCUCACCACUUGAGACUGAGACCCCCCUGCCCUCCCCCUGUCCUCCGCCCCCACCGCUCCCCCCACACCGGGAAGAGCCUGUGGCCAACUGGCCUCUCCUGCGGGAGCCCUCCACCGCGCCUGGGCAAAGCUCAGCCACGAGAAGUCCCCUUGGCUUCCAGGACUUCGGGGGGACUGGGAAGCAAUGCAGCUGGCAACCAUUGCCUUACAGGACCCCCUUCUUCUGGGAGCGGUAAGGGCCAGGGGAAGCAGGGGAGAACCAACGCUCAUGAAACACUGUUCCCCAAAGAUAUGUUCUUCUGUGGUGGACUCUUCAACAUGGGUAACACCUGUGACGCUCACCCUGUUUGCCAGGACAGAGGGAACAGCCUGGCUAGAGCAGAGAUGGCAGUACAGAGACCUGGCCCAUCUGUCAAUGGAGAAAAGGACCAAGUAGCUAUCUGCACCCCACGAGGGGUUCUCUGUGCACCUCAUCCCCACUCUCCAGCGUGGCUUCCCCCAUAGUUGGUUGCACCCCUACGCGUGGUGACUUUGCAGGCCAGAGUUGGGAGGCACCUCACACAUACACCCACAAUUUCUGUGACACACAAUCAGCUCAGACAGGAGGAUGGAGCAACAUUUACAAACCAACCGACGAAAUGAAGAAAUAUAUAAAUAGAUAUAUAAAUAUAACUGUGUUUUUAUGCUUUGUCAUGAAGGUCUGUAAAAAGGAAAAAAAAAAAGAACAAAUCCCCAAUUUUCUAAAAAACCCAAGCAAACAAAAACAACAAAAAAACCAAAAUAAUAAUUAAAAAACCCUACAAAAAUAAAACUCCAAGUCCCAUCCCUCCCCGCCACCUGAAUGGCAGACGAGUUCCUCUGACGUUUGAUGCUCCUCUUUCACUCUAGGGUUUUGUUUCCUUUCUGUUUUGCACUACAAUGGGAUGGUGGUAUUGGAGAGGAUUGGAUGCCAGCUCCACCCCUGUCGCCUCCUCCUCCUCCCCCUUUCCCAAAUCCUGUCUCUGGGGAGCAGUGUGGACAAGUCACAUCUGACAAAGUUACCAAACACAUCAGUCGACAAAAAAGCACUGAGUCAACAAACGUUUUCCAUGUCACUGGUUGGCAAACAAAGAAAACAAGCCCAGCUGCGCUCUAACUGCGCUGCGUGGUGGAAAGGAAAGUGUGGGGCUUCAUGUGGGCCCAUCUGAUUGCCCUCCGGACAGCUGAGACUGAGAUGGACAAAUUCAGGAUUGGCUGGGAUUAUUGCUUGGUUCCCUAGCCCUUAGCCGCCGCUCCUUUUACCUUAACCCCUCUACCCAUGACGACUUCAGUUCACCCACAUCCCAACUUUCGCAAUUUUAGAUAUGUCCAACACCCAUUCUCCAGAUCCCCACAGCCGGUGACAACAGCCUCAUUAUCUGUCCCCAACACCCAAUUUCCUAACCACUACAGCCUUGCUAUAUGGGCCCCCUUUGAUCCCCAGUCCAUCUGCUCAUACACCUACUAAUUUAUAGGCCUCUAUUCAAAUCCUUACGCCUGCAUCCUACCAGCCAGUCCCAACAUAAAGCCCCAUCUUUUCAUCUUCAAUCCUAUAUUGUGCACCCUAAUAUUCACCCCUUAUCCCAAAUGCUCACCUGAUGAUUCUCUACUCUUUUUGGUUCCCAAGUGACUGGCAAACACUGUUCUGCAAAAGGCUAACUGUCAAUAGAAAUGCUUAUUACUCCUGUAUCGUCAGCAAACUCAUAAACUGUUCCUUGCACUGACACUUCCUAAAAAAUACUCAAAGAAAACAUGAAGGCAGCUAUAGCCUGUCCCCAGGGCAUCAAGUCUGCCAAAAUAGAUCCUUGUUGUUUUAGAGAGGUUUCAGAUAAAACUCGUGGGCUACUGUCCAUGGACAAAGACAGGAUUGAGAGUCAAACCCCCAAAGGGCAUAAAAGUGAACAGCGGAGCAAUCUGUACAGCCAACAUUAUGUAUAAAAUCCAGAGCCCCCAGCCUCAGAGGAGAUGUGGUUGUGGACUCGGUAUUCUGUCUACAAUUUUAACUUGUAUGUAUGAAAUCCAUCAUCAGUAAACAGCUGUGUUGAUCCCAAAGGCCCCUUUCACCUAACACUUUUAGCCCUUGCAUGGCUCUAGCUGAUUAUAGGUCUGUGUCUUCUUUAAUGGGAUGCCCAAAUGAUAAGGGUAUUGGGAGGGGGGGGGAUCUUUACAUAGAAGAUAUAGAGCUAAAAUCUGUUCCUGUACAGAAUAAAAUCAAAGAGGUUACUCCUGAUCUAUUAAAAGUGUUAUUCCGCAUGUCUUACCUCUGAGUAACCUGCUGCAAAUACCAGAGUUGUUACACUGUCACCGAGACCAGAAUUUGGCCUGUUAUCUCAUUUUAUUCUAUAUGAGAAGAAAAUUCAGAGUAAUUUCUAAAAAUUUACUUUCACCACUCCUUCAGUUUUCCUCCAUGGACACUGGAUAGAUGCUGGACCCUCUUAGUAGUCUCUCUUUUAGUCUCCCGGUCCAGCCUUUGCUCUAUUUAUGCACCACCCAGUUUCACUCAGCAGGUGGUCGGGGCGGAGGCGGUAAAUCCCAGGACCAGCAAGGGGAACCUCCCGAGGAGGCUAGAGAAAAGGAGACUGUCACGCCUCACACUUGGCAACCUGCAUCCCAGGGGCCACCUCAAGAGAAGCUAGCAGCUCAGAAAUGCUUAGUUUUAUAAUGGUGUUUCACUAAACUUGAGACACGAGCUAGGGUAUGAAAGCAGGAUUUGGUUGGCUCACUCAUGGCUGGCUUGAUUUGACCCUCGAGGGACAAAUC